AUGAUGCUUAUGGAGGCCAAUUUGAGAAGAGUGGAGAAAGAAUUGGAGAAUUAUAAGAAAAUGUUCACCGAGAUGAUGGAAUCCAAAAAUAAAGAAAUCGAUGAUUUGUACAAGCUCGUGAAGUUCAAAGAUAGAGAAAUCAACGCUUUGGAAGCCGAAAAUCGUUUGAUGCAGAGGCAGAAUGAGAUUAGAUUCAGAAAUGAAAGAAGGAGAGUGAUGAACAUUGAGAAGGAGUAUCAUGAAGAUAUGAAUAAGAUUUUGAAGAAGAAAUUGAAGAAGUUGGAGCAAAAAGAAAGUAUUGAUUUGGAGGAGAACGAGAAGGAGACUGAAGGAAAAGGAGUCUGGCAAAGGGUGGUCCAAUAUUUUUGGGGGUCGAACAUAGGAGCUAACCAAAAACCAAGAAUAAAAAGAACCAUGGAGAUAGAUGAUGAAGAUGAAGAACCAGGGUUUUUUCAGGGCAAUAGUGGCAACCUUGACGUGGCGAUGAGUGUUCACACAGCGCGUGGAUCUCGUGCCGGAUUUCAAUAUGGCAACGGCUUCGUAGUUCAGUGGGUACCGAUGGUCGCUCGGGAGCAGACCAAAGAGGAACUGCAAGCGAUUAUUGCCCAGAAGGAUCUUCAAAUCGCUGAGCUCAAGAAUCAGCUCAACUUGAGCAAAUGCCAAGUCUUUGAGUUGAAGGAGAGCUAUCAGAAGGCAAGUGCCCAGGGCUAUCAACAGGGACUCGCUGAGAAUUCCCGUCUCCUGGUCUACUUCGAAAAGAAAGCCACAAAGUUAAUGUGUCGUCUUUCCGAGUAUGAAAUCAUCAACGAGGAUCUCUUCACUGGGGACAUCAGUAUGGGCUCUAACGAAGAAGGAGUUGCCGAUAGAGGAUCUGAAGAGGAGCCAGAUGCCAGAGCGGAUCAAUGGAGCCUGAUCAAGUCAACUAUCUCCAUGGUGAACGCCAUGAAGGACAAAAUGGGCUACGGAGAAGCUCAGGAAGGUGUCGAGGAGGAUCAAGAAACUCCCUACUCCCGAAACUCCGACGAUCACUUCGCAUCGGAUUCAAGUCCCAAAGUUCAAUUUCAAUUUUCUCAAGCCCGCUUUUAA